CGCUCGCCUUCCACCCCUGGAGGCGGCCGGGUCGGUGUAACCUCAGACAACCUGUCCCGGCGCUCGUGCCGAGCCCGAAAGCCGCGCGCUGCCGGUGGUCAUGAGCGGCCCCCUGAGGACGGACCCGAGGAUCUGGAGGCAGGCGGCCAGCGUUGUGCUGGCGGCGGGAUGGAAGGGCCCGGGCGCCGCCGCGUCGUCCUUGCCGCCCGCGGAGGGCUUCCGAGUGCUGCUUUUGCAGCGCUCCAGCAGCCAAGCCUUCCUGCCCGGCGCGCACGUCUUCCCCGGCGGCGUACUGGACAGGGCCGACCUCUCGGCCGACUGGCUGCCCAUCUUUGCGCCGCACCACAAGCCACCCCGCUUUGGCCUGGGCCCGGCGCCGGCCCAGACAGCAACCUUCCCGGUGGUGCCGAUCUCGCGGCCCGGAGCCGCCGACGGCGAGGCCGCGGCGCUGCCUGAUGACGUCGCCCUGCGCAUCUGCGCCAUCAGGGAGGCCUUCGAGGAGGCCGGCGUGCUGCUGCUGCUGCCCAGGGGCGCCCGGCACGUUCCCGAGUCCCAGGGUUCCGCCCCCGAAUUCGCCUGUGCCCUCGAGCCUCCGCCGGACGUGUCCGCCUGGCGCACCCGCGUCCGUGGCGACGCGCGCCACUUCCUGGACUUGUGUGCGCAUCUGGACUGCACGCCCAACAUCUGGGCACUGCACGCCUGGAGCGGGUGGCUCACGCCGUUUAUAGGUGAAAAGCUCCGCCGCUUCGACACGAGUUUCUUCCUAUGUUGCUUGAGCGAGCCGCCGCCCAUCCAAAUCGAUUUGGCCGAGGUGGUGAACUGCCGGUGGUCAUCUCCAUCAGAGGCAACUGAAAGUUUCCUUUCAAAAGAAAUUUGGCUGGCACACCCACAGUUCUAUGAAAUAAGAAGACUCGAAAACUUUGCCUCUCUUUCUGACUUGCACAAAUUUUGUUUGGAGCAUGCAUUAGAAGGGUCAGAAAGAUGGUUGCCUAUCAACUGUGUAACUGCUGAUGGGAUGAUGAUCCAGCUUUAUCCAGGAGAUGAGCUGUACUUAGAAGAUUCAGACUUUUUAGAAAAAGUUUUGUCUACUGAAAAAAAGACUGAAGAAAUCAUGAAAGAAGGCCAGAAAUUUCACCGAUUAGUCCACCACCAUAGCCAUUAUUAUAGUAUUCAUGUGACUGUUCAGUCAAAGGGUAAACACAUUUACCCGAAGAACUAUGUAGUAAAUAAAAGCCAUUUGUAGGGUACAGCCUGUUUGUAAGCUAACCUACUUGAACUACAGCUAACGAUUAAUGAGGGCCAACUUAUUUGCUUAAAAUUUAAGGACUCUGUGCCUACAGAAGUUAUAAUGCAGUAUUUCUUACUUCAAAUAGAUGUCUGGUUUUAUUAUAUAAAUCAGAUAGUAUAUCACAAUAUAAAAUUUAUUAAUGAUUUUGUUACUAAAAUAAUAAAAAGUUCACAAUGUU